AUGUCUUCAGUUGAUCGCCACACCUUGCCGAACGGCUCUCGACCCGUCGAAGCCGUCCGAAACAAUGGGCCCGACGAUUUGGCAUUGCAGCGCUGGAAAUUACGCGAGAUGGCUGAAGGAUGGCCCAUGUACCGCGAUGCAUGCGAAUGGGAGAACUUCGAUUCUAUAUUUCACGACGACGCACAUAUCUACACUACAUGGAGCGGCCGCGUGCAUUACAAGAAGUUCUUCGAAAUCUCCAAAGCAGGCAUGGAUAAAGGCGCCUUCAUCAUGCAUAGAUGUGUCGGAGCCAGUACUGACAUUCGACCCGACGGUACUCGGGCUGUAACGAAGCUCAAGUCUACUAUCACCCAGCGCUUCACCAUCGACGGUUGCGAAGUCGAUGUGGAGUGUGACUGUCGCUUCUGCUACCUGUGGGAGAGAAACGACGCUGGCGAAUGGAAGGCUAGGCUUGUACGGCAUUGGUACGAAAAGGACAAGAUGAUCCCGGUGAAUCCGAAUAAGGUCCCUGUUUUGGAUGAAGCAAGAUUGGCGACUUAUUCGCCCGGCUAUAAAAUGCUUGCUUACGGUCAGGAGGAGACGAUGGAGGGUAUCAAAGUCCUCCACGGCAUGCCAGGACAUCGCCGUGAAGAUGCGGGAACACCUUCUCGUGAGGCGCACGACAAGCUGUAUUUCCAGUGCAAGAAGUGGCUGGACGGAGAAUCUCUUCGGGCGGAGGACUUUUAG